AUGUCACUUGAUGUACUAUGCGAGGCGUGCGGCGCUUCCUCCGACAUCUGGUCGCUCGGCAUCACCCUCAUCGAGCUCCUCGACGGCACUCCGCCCCUUGCCGACGCCUGCCUGCGUAAGGAGCAGCAGCGGCGGCCGACCAGCGACGAGCUGCUUCGCGGCGCCGAGAGCGCCGCCGCCGCCGCCGAGGCGCCUGCCGAGCGAGCGUUGCCGCCCGGGUGA